UGGAACUUUUGGAGGAAUCCUCUGUGACCUGACGCACCCUUCAGCCGAGCAGCCUGCAGCCGGCCUCAAGGUCCUGGAUCCCAUAAUAUAAAUUUGAGUGGUUUGAUGUUUAUCUUGCUCCUUGGUGAUUUUGUUCAUGAAAGCCUUCCCUCUUCCUGGCCAGUUUGGCAGUAGACGUUCACCUCCUGUUUAAUGAGACCAUUUAAGCGGAAGCAUCUUACAGCCCUCGACUGCCAGGAUUUGGCUCUGAGUCAUUUGUGUGCGACCCAGCCCUUUGGUCAAAGAUGGACAAGCAGAGACCCGAACCAUGGACUCUAUCCUAAACCCAGAACGAAAAGAGGGAGUAGGGGUCGAGGAUGUCAAAGACACAACCCUGAGUUCUUGCUAGCUGGCCGGCAGCCGCGCACCAAUGACAUGGCCAGAAGCAACUCUGUUGGCCAGGACAGCUGUCAGGACUCGGAGGGCGACAUGAUCUUUCCCGCAGAGAGCAGUUGUGCCCCGCCCCAGGGGUGCGAUGGGGAAGCGAGGCUGGGCGCGUCAGGGUCUCCCCUGCCCACCAGGAAGCGGUCUCGGUCCUUUGAGGUUGACGGCAGUCAGGCCGCAGGGGCCGGCCAGUGGGAUGGGGUUUCUAAGAAAACCCCGCGGCAUCAUCCAGCCCUGCCGUGCACGAGCCCUAGGGAGGCGGGGCAGGCGGUGGAGGCCUGUGCACCACGGCUCUCUGCAGCGCCUGGAGAAACCCACCAGGACGCAGGGGACGCAGGGGACGCAGGGGACGUUGGUCCCGAUCCUGAGCCUGACGAGUACUAUGGGCUUCUCGGGACCUUGCCCGGCCAGGAAGUGCCGAGCCACAUCUGCAGCCUGCCCAGCGAGGUCCUGAGGCAUGUCUUCGCCUUCCUGCCGGUGGAGGACCUCUACUGGAACCUGAGCCUGGUGUGCCACCUGUGGAGGGAGAUCAUCCACGACCCGCUGUUCAUUCCUUGGAAGAAGCUGUAUCACCGAUACCUGAUGAACGAAGAGCAAGCCGUGAGCAAAGUGGACGGCAUCCUGUUGAGCUGCGGCAUAGAAAAGGAGUCGGACCUGUGUGUGCUGAACCUCAUCCGAUACACAGCCACCACUAAGUGCUCCCCGAGUGUAGACCCGGAGAGGGUGCUGUGGAGCCUGAGGGACCACCCCCUGCUUCCCGAGGCGGAGGCCUGCGUGCGGCAGCACCUGCCCGACCUCUUCGCUGCCGCUGGGGGCAUCAACGUCUGGGCCCUGGUGGCGGCCGUGGUUCUCCUCUCCGGCAGCGUGAACGACAUCCAGCAGCUGCUCUUCUGCCUCCGGAGACCUGGCUCCACGGUGACCAUGCCCGACGUCACCGAGACGCUGUACUGCAUAGCUGUGCUUCUCUACGCCAUGCGGGAGAAGGGCAUCAACAUCAGCAAUAGGAUUCACUACAACAUUUUCUAUUGCCUAUAUCUUCAGGAGAAUUCCUGCACGCAGGCCACCAAAGUUAAGGAGGAGCCAUCCGUCUGGCCAGGCAAGAAAACCAUCCAGCUUACACACGAACAACAGCUGAUUCUGAACCAUAAGAUGGAACCUCUCCAGGUGGUCAAGAUUAUGGCAUUUGCAGGCACCGGGAAGACCUCGACCCUGGUCAAGUAUGCGGAGAAGUGGUCUCAGAGCAGGUUCCUGUACGUGACGUUCAACAAGAGCAUCGCCAAGCAGGCCGAGCGCGUCUUCCCCAGCAACGUCACCUGCAAGACCUUCCACUCCAUGGCCUACGGGCACGUCGGGCGCAAGUACCAGUCGAAGAAGAAGUUGAAUCUCUUCAAGUUGACACCCUUCAUGGUCAAUUCCGUCCUUGCCGAAGGGAAGGGUGGAUUCAUACGGGCCAAGCUCGUGUGUAAGACUUUAGAGAACUUCUUCGCCUCGGCCGACGAGGAGCUGACCAUCGACCACGUGCCUAUCUGGUGUAAGAACAGCCAGGGACAGAGAGUCAUGGUGGAGCAGAGUGAGAAACUGAACGGUGUCCUGGAAGCCAGCCGCCUCUGGGACAACAUGCGGAAGCUGGGGGAGUGCACGGAAGAGGCAUACCAGAUGACUCAUGACGGCUACCUGAAGCUCUGGCAGCUGAGCAAGCCUCUGCUGGCCUCGUACGACGCCAUCUUUGUGGAUGAGGCCCAGGACUGCACCCCAGCCAUCAUGAACAUAGUUCUGUCCCAGCCGUGUGGGAAAAUCUUUGUAGGGGACCCGCACCAGCAGAUCUAUACCUUCCGUGGUGCGGUCAACGCUCUGUUCACGGUCCCCCACACCCACGUCUUCUAUCUCACGCAGAGUUUCAGAUUUGGUGUGGAGAUAGCUUACGUGGGAGCCACUAUCUUGGACGUUUGCAAGAGAGUCAGGAAAAAGACUCUGGUUGGAGGAAACCAUCAGAGUGGCAUCCAAGGGGACGCAAAGGGGCAGGUGGCCCUGCUGUCCCGGACCAACGCCAACGUGUUCGAUGAGGCUGUGCGAGUGACCGAGGGAGAAGUACCUUCAAGGAUACAUCUGAUUGGGGGGAUCAAAUCAUUUGGAUUGGACAGAAUCAUCGAUAUCUGGAUCCUCUUUCAGCCAGAGGAGGAACGGAGGAAAGGAAACCUCGUCAUCAAAGACAAAUUUAUCAGAAGGUGGGUGCACAAAGAAGGCUUCAGCGGCUUCAAGAGGUACGUGACCGCGGCCGAGGACAAGGAGCUGGAGGCGAAGAUCGCGGUGGUGGAGAAGUACAACAUCAGGAUCCCGGAGCUGGUGGAAAGGAUAGAAAAGUGCCACAUCGAAGACCUGGACUUCGCAGAAUACAUUCUGGGCACCGUGCACAAAGCCAAAGGCUUGGAGUUUGACACUGUGCAUGUUUUGGAUGAUUUCGUGAAAGUGCCUUGUGCCCGGCAUAACCUGCCCCAGCUUCCCCACUUCCGCGUCGAGUCAUUUUCUGAGGACGAAUGGAAUCUACUGUAUGUCGCAGUAACUCGUGCCAAGAAACGCCUCAUCAUGACGAAGUCGCUGGAGAACAUCUUGACUCUGGCUGGGGAGUACUUCUUGCAGGCAGAGCUGACAAGCAACGUGCUGAAGACGGGGGUGGUUCGCUGCUGCGUGGGCCAGUGCAACAACGCCAUCCCCGUGGACACUGUCCUCACCAUGAAGAAGCCGCCCAUCACCUACGUACGUGGGCUCGGCAGGAUGGAGUCGCUCAGCAACAGGAAGGAAAACAAGGGCGGCUACCUCUGCCACUCGUGCGCGGAGCAGCGCAUCGGGCCGCUGGCCUUCCUGACGGCCUCCCCCGAGCAGGUGCGCGCCAUGGAGCGCACCGUGGAGAACCUCGCGCUGCCCAGGCACGAGGCCCUGCUCUUCCUCGUCUUCUGAGGCCGAGGCGCGGAGCUGCCCUGCACCCUGCGUGCUGAAGAGAGCCGUGGGGGGGGGUGCCCGCCACCCAGACUCCGAGUCCACCCACAGAGCGUCCGCGGAGGAGGAAGAAACCCGCCGGGGUUGGACCUGCCACCUCUGUGCCCCACACACGGCCGGUUCCCACCCGCCCGUCCCCGCGCAUCAGGCUGGGCAAGUGGGAGAUGCUCUUUUGAUAAAAAACAUUUUAUGUAUUUAAACUUUUAUUACAAGGUUUCAAUUAAACAGGCAUUGUAGCACUGGCGUAACGCA